CAUAGUUUAAAUUUUAAAAUCAAUCAAACUAACAAAGUUCAUAAACUCAUAAUCUAAUCUUUCACUUAAAAACUGAAUUUUUUCAGCUUUGAUAACUCUACUUUAAAGGAUUGUAACUCAAUGAAUAUAAUACCAAAAUAAAAAAAAAAUAAAAAUUAUAGUCUAAAUUAAUUUACAAACUAUAAACUAAAUUUUGGAAAAAAACGGAGGUCAAUCCGACUUAAAAUGAAUGAGUUAUGAGUUUUAAAAAACGUCAUAUAUUACAAAAUCUUGCUAAAAAGCUGAAUUUUUUCAGCUUUGAUAGAUCUAAUUUAAAGGAUUGUAACUCAGUGAAUACAAUACCAAAAUAAACAAAAUUAUAGUAUAAAUUCAUCUACAAACUUUAAACUAAAUGUUGGAAAAAACCAGAGGUCAAUCCGACUUAAAACAAAUAAGCUAUGGGUGUUUAAAAAACGUCACAGAUUCAAUGUCCAAUCGGUUCUAAACACGGUAAAAACCGACCGAUCCGGUCCAAAUGCUCACCCUAGGCCGUAUUUUCUGCACAUUUGACAACUAAAUAAUAAAAAAAAGAAAAUAGAAAAUGAAAAUCUUAUACUUAAUUAAAGAAAAUUCAGUGAAGGUGAAAACCUAAAUCGAUUAGAAGAGUCAAGACUCAAGCGAGGGCAAGAACAACAGCAAGAUAGACGGAGACCGGAGAGGCUGUCUAGGCAAAGAGCGGUGGUCUACAGGCCGAGAGUAGAACCUUGGGAUGGUGCCGGCGCCGGAGCCGGAGUACUAGUGAUUGCAGAGCGUCGCCAGUUACGAACGACGGUUGUGCGAUCCAGCAGGCAUUGCCGAUAAGAGCUUGAAGAGAUUUUAAACCCUAUUGAUCGAUCGUAGAAAAAGAAAAAAAAAAGGGCAGUAUCUAUCAAGUAUUACACCGUCGGUUCUUUCACGCUCCGAUCGCAACAGCCGCACUCCUCCCUUCUUCUCGCCGUCUUCUACAUCGAAACAACAAGAUCAGAUACUUCUGUAAAAGUGACAAUCUUUUUAAUUAACUUGAGAGUAACAUCACAAUGUCCUAAUAGUCUUCAUUUUCAGAUAAGGUGCAAUGGCGUUGCUGUUCAAGGAUCCAACAAAGAUUUCAGCAUAUCGUGACAGAAGGUUUCCAGGAACACAAGAAGAAUAUGAACACGCACUCCAAACUUCAACAACUGUAUACAUUGGCAACAUGUCUUUCUACACCACUGAAGAACAACUUUAUGAGCUCUUCUCUCGUGCUGGAGAAAUCAAAAAGAUUGUCAUGGGUUUAGACAAGAACACAAAAACACCAUGUGGCUUCUGCUUCAUCAUGUACUAUUCUAGGGAAGACACUGAAGAUUCAGUGAAAUACAUAAGUGGGACAAUUCUUGAUGAUCGGCCUAUUCGUGUUGAUUUUGAUUGGGGGUUUCAGGAUGGAAGACAAUGGGGACGUGGGCGUAGUGGUGGACAAGUUAGAGAUGAAUAUCGAACUGAUUAUGAUCCUGAUAGGGGUGGUUAUGGAAAAUUGGUUCAAAAAGAAUUAGAAGAACAAAGGCAGGUUGUUGAUUAUGGGGUUGGAUCAUUGGGAUCUUUUCAGCCACCUCCCAUGGCUGCCAACUAUGGAAGACAUGGAGGAGGAGGAGGAGGAGGUGGUCAUGGGUAUGGGGGAGGUGGUCACAGGCAUGGCAGAGGAGAUUAUCAAAGGAAGAGAUACCGUGAUGAUGAUCGAGAUAGACGUGGGCCCGAUGUGGCCAAGAGGAAUUCUGAAAAUGAAACUCGAAGAAACUCUGAUUUUGAUUCCAAACAGGAGAAAAACCCACGUUUUCGCGAGCAUGGUGAUUCUGAUGAAGAGGAAGAUGACAGGAAAAGACAGAAAUAACUGGAAUUCGGUUUAUCAUUAUUAAAUAUUAUUUCCAUGGGUAAAUUUAUCAAAAAUAUUUUCCUUUAUGUACAAGUUGUUGUUAAGAUUUAUUUCCCAUAUUAAUAGUUUGAAAUUGCUAGUUUUUAUUUAA